AGAAUGGUUCAUAAUAUAUUCUGUAAUUAAUAUUCUGAGUUCAAUUACUCUUAUUAUUAUCUACGAUAUAAUCGAUUUGUUUUUACUCUUCAAAUAACAGUUAUCAUAAUAUUAUUAUACAGCAAUAAGUAUAAGUCGAAAGAACGGAAAGACAUCGCGUCGAUUGUGGUCUUGGUGAGGGUGGCGCGGGUAGGUGCAGGUGGGCGCGGAGCCGAGGGUGAAUCGAUAAGCGCGGCCGCGUGAGGGCGGGCAGAGGCGGGCGGCGGGUCGCGGGUCAGGGCCGGGCCGGCGCGGCACACGGGUCCGCGGCACUCGCGCCGCCGCACGGCUCCGCUCGGCGCCGCCAGCACCGCGCGCGACAUGAACGGCGCCCGCCGCGCCGCGUUGCUGCUAGCGCUCGCCGCCGCCUUUUUGCCGCAGGCUAAUCGUGUCGCGGGCGGUGGCGGUGGCGGCAUGUUUGGUGACGUCAAUAUAUCUGCAAUUUUGGAUUCGUUUAGCAUUAGUUACGACAAACGAGUGAGACCCAACUACGGAGGCCCGCCCGUGGAAGUGGGGGUGACUAUGUACGUGCUCUCCAUCAGCUCUCUGUCCGAAGUACAAAUGGACUUCACGUUGGAUUUUUACUUCAGACAGUUCUGGACAGACCCGAGGCUCGCUUACAAGAAACGCCCCGGAGUGGAGACUCUGUCCGUGGGGUCUGAGUUCAUUAAGAACAUCUGGGUGCCAGACACGUUCUUCGUGAAUGAAAAGCAGUCGUAUUUUCACAUCGCGACCACCAGCAACGAGUUCAUUCGUAUCCACCACUCGGGCUCCAUCACGAGGAGCAUCAGGCUCACGAUAACCGCCUCGUGUCCGAUGAACCUGCAGUACUUCCCCAUGGACCGGCAGCUGUGCCACAUCGAGAUCGAGAGCUUCGGGUACACGAUGAGGGACAUUCUGUACGUUUGGAAGGACGGCGCGUCGAGCGUCGGCAUGAGCAGCGAGGUGCAGCUGCCGCAGUUCCGCGUGCUCGGCCACCGGCAGCGCGCCACGGUCGUGACGCUGAGUACAGUCGGCUACACGAUGCGGGACAUUCGCUACAAGUGGAACGAGGGGCCCAACUCUGUGGGCGUCUCCAACGAGGUGUCGCUGCCGCAGUUCAAGGUGCUCGGGCACAGACAGCGCGCGAUGGAGAUCUCGCUCACCACAGGAAACUACUCGCGGCUGGCGUGCGAAAUCCAGUUCGUGCGCUCGAUGGGCUACUACCUGAUACAGAUAUACAUUCCGUCUGGUCUCAUCGUGAUCAUAUCGUGGGUGUCGUUCUGGCUGAACCGCAACGCGACGCCAGCGCGGGUGCAGCUCGGCGUCACCACCGUGCUCACCAUGACCACGCUCAUGUCCUCUACCAAUGCCGCGCUGCCCAAGAUCUCGUACGUCAAGUCGAUAGAUGUGUACCUCGGAACCUGUUUUGUAAUGGUGUUCACCAGCUUGCUAGAGUAUGCCACCGUAGGAUACAUGUCUAAAAGAAUUCAGAUGAGGAAGCAACGGUUCGUGGCCAUACAGAAGAUCAUGUCCGAAAAGAAGCUGCCCGUAGAUUGCCCGCCGCCCUGGGACCCUCACACUCUCGCUAAAAUGAGCACACUCAGCAGAUGUCCCCCAGGACGACCUUCGCAAGAGGUCCGGUACAAGGUUCGUGACCCUAAAGCACAUUCGAAGGGCGGCACGUUAGAGAACACUAUAAACAGAAGCAGAAGUGGCAUUGAAGAAGAAAGCUUAGGAGCGCCCGCUCACCCUCUUCAGCCCGGCAAGGAUAUCGGCAAAUUCCUAGGCAUGACGCCGUCGGACAUCGACAAGUACUCGCGCAUCGUGUUCCCGGUGUGCUUCGUGUGCUUCAACCUGAUGUACUGGAUCGUGUACCUGCACGUGUCCGACGUGGUGGCCGACGACCUCGUGCUGCUCGAGGACAAGUAGCCGCCGGCGCGGGACGCACUCCACGCCCUACUCUCACUCGUUCCCGCUCACACACUAAAUUAUUACUCUUGUAAACUAUACACUUUUAUACACAUUUAUCCGCCUCGAUCACAAUCUACUAGGGCCCCUCAGUAAUUCAGCGUAUUAAAAAAUCAAAACACAAAAUUAUACAACGAUAACCUCAGCAUAUUCUCUCCCCGCGAUACCCCAGAUGAUUUGUUGCGACCGCCCCUUAACGACGCAUCACUACGGCGUAACGUGUCCCGUCUCCGGUUAAUUUGUAAGAACACUGCACAACACGCACGCGCACGCGCACUAUUUAUCAAACUUACGAUCAAAGAACGACAUACUAAUGGACGUUGUUGGUUGGAAUAUAAUUAUUAUGAGAUUGUGAUAGUUCCUGGAUGGUUGUUAAUAUUUACGAUGAUACGAUCCGGCAAAAUUUAAUUGCACCUACUUUGGCAAUUGUAAAAAGUGACGACUUUGUAUAUACUCGAAUUAAUGAUAGCAAUAAAAGUUCUAAAUAUUGCUCUAGCAUUAUAUUGUGGACUGUACGAUUUCUAAUUUAGGUAAUAAAGUCUGAUGCUCAAA